GCCGACCCCGGCCCCCGGCUCGGCUCUAUGGACAGGAGCUCUCUGCUGCAGCUCAUUCAGGAGCAGCAGCUGGACCCUGAGAACACAGGCUUCAUUGGCGCAGACACCUUCGCUGGUCUGGUGCACAGCCAUGAGCUGCCCCUGGACCCAGCCAAGCUGGACAUGCUGGUGGCCCUGGCCCAGAGCAACGAGCGGGGCCAGAUCUGCUACCAGGAGCUGGUGGACCUGAUCAGCAGCAAGCGCUCCAGUAGCUUCAAGAGGGCCAUCGCUAAUGGACAGCGGGCGCUGCCCCGAGACGGGCUGCUGGAUGAGCCAGGGCUGGGUGUCUACAAGCGGUUUGUGCGCUAUGUGGCCUAUGAGAUCCUGCCCUGUGAGGUGGACCGUCGCUGGUACUUCUACAGACACCGCAGCUGCCCACCCCCCGUGUUCAUGGCCUCAGUCACUCUUGCCCAGAUUGUUGUGUUCCUGUGUUAUGGGGCCCGCCUCAACAAGUGGGUGCUGCAGACCUAUCACCCUGAGUACAUGAAGAGCCCCCUUGUAUACCACCCUUGGCACCGUGCCCGCGCGUGGCGCUUCCUCACCUACAUGUUCAUGCACGUUGGGCUGGAGCAGCUGGGGUUCAAUGCUCUCCUGCAGCUGAUGAUUGGGGUGCCCCUGGAGAUGGUGCAUGGCCUACUCCGCAUCAGCCUGCUCUACCUGGCAGGCGUGCUGGCAGGCUCCCUGACUGUCUCCAUCACCGACAUGCGUGCCCCUGUAGUGGGGGGCUCUGGCGGGGUCUAUGCCCUGUGCUCAGCACAUUUGGCCAACGUUGUCAUGAACUGGGCUGGGAUGAGGUGUCCCUACAAGCUGCUGAGGAUGGUGUUGGCCCUGGUGUGCACUACGAGGAACGCCUGCAGGACCAGUGUGGCUGGUGGGUGGUGCUGCUGGCCUAUGGCACCUUCCUGCUCUUCGCUAUCUUCUGGAACGUCUUCGCCUAUGACCUGCUGGGUGCCCACAUCCCCCCACCGCCCUGACCUGCUGCUCCCCAGAGCCAGAGGGGCAUGUGGUGUCCAGCCACCAGGCAGGUCUCCACACCUGCCCUCCGUGAGUGGACAUCUCAGGGCUGCUACUCCCCGCGGGGGCAGGUGGGCCCUGUAGUCCACCAGCUGAGGCUGAGCCUCACUUCAGCCCUGGCUGCCCCCUCCCAGGCCUGGGGGGAGGCCCCCAAGGGUGGUCCCAGAGGAGACCCAAUUCCACCCAUUCCACUCCAGGACUUGCAGUCUGAGCCUUUUUGGAGAAUGAAUAAAUAUUUUACACUGCAUUAGGUAGUUAUCCUGGGGCUCUGGAGGCUUGUCUACUCCCAUCCUGCUAACAGACCGCAAGGGAUGCUCUCACCCAUGAGCGCCUGGGCUUCCUUCCCACCUGCCCCUGCGUACCUGUCAAGAGGUGCUAGAAUUAUUUCACACCGCUAUGUAGGACCUAGAGCACGAGGGGAGGGACUGGGUCUUCAGUCAGGCUGAGUUUAGCAAGCUUUGCCUGAGCUCUGAGGGUACUUAGCCUCUUAUUCAGCCAGUUUAAUGUCUAGAAGCCUGUACUCUGAUGUCUCAUGACAGAUGAGCAGACAGGCUUUAGGCCACAGCCAAGUUCAUUUGGUCUGUGCCUUUUGGCCUGCCUUGCAUCCUUGUGUGAGACCAUGCCAGUGCCAAGGUCAGACAGCAGGUCCAGGCACAGCUUCUGCUGCACGGCCCAACUCCACAGUGCUGUUUCCACAAGGUGAGAAGUCCAUGGCCCUGAGGCACUGGUGGGAGGGACCCACGGAGUUUGAGGGGCCCAAGGUCACCAGCCAUCCACCCCACCCUGACCGGGAUCUUGGAGGUACUGCCAGCCCACCAGUAUCCACGUUGGCUUAGGGCUGUGACGCGCUCUUGUACCUGGCCCAGGUACAGCAGUAGUUGGUGAGAAUGUACUGCAGGGCUAGCAGGCCAGACACUACACGCGCUGCCUCACUGGAAAUGCAGGCUGCCACCUCCGUGGCUCCAGCCUCCACGACAGCUACAGACAGGGAAGGGGCAGCUCUCACGAUAACAUCCUGCCCAGGACCAUGCAACACACCAUCUGCCCAUCUCACAGGCUGACUCCAGAAUCCAAGCGCGCCCAGGCACAACGGAGGUGGUAGUGGGGCCUCUGCCUCAGAGGACGCACAGCUUUGUUCCUGCAGCUCACAAGUCUGCUGGAGGACGGCAGUGGCUGAGCGCUGCACCUCCAGCUCUGGGGGGGUUGACGGUCACCGCUGCUGCAAUGCGGCUGACCCCUCUAGGAGUCAGGAGUCCCGGGCGCUGGACCGGGACCUCCUAGGGAAGCCUGCCCGCCAAAGUCCCGCCCCUUCACAAGGCCACGCCCCAAGAGGAGCCCCGCCUGCAGGUCACGUCUAGAAAGGAGCUCCACCUCUCCUUGUGGCCCCGCCCCUCCCCGUUAGCUUCCCCGCCACCAGUCCCUGCAAAUCCUCUUGAGUCCUGUGCGUCUCCGCUUCGCACUAAAUGACCGUGGGCAGCUCCUCCCGAAAGAAAGCGAGGGGAGUCCGGACCAUGAAGUCCCGCCUGGUUAUCGGCCUUGUCCUCGCCGUCCUACCAGCGGCCCGUGGCCUCCAGCCGCCCAGUAAAGCCUCGAAUGCCCGCAGAACCUCUCCGCGGCGGGCCAGGACGGCGACC